UUGAACGAGAAGCGGGUCCAGCGGGUUCAUUCGGGGAAAUAAUGAGCGAGAUAUACAAAAGAUAGAAAGUGACGAUUUCAGUCAUGGAUAUGAGUUUAAACAGCCAUAUGAAUGGAGUUUCAAUGAGUUUCGUCGGUCACCGUUGAUAAGUUGUAACGCGUUGAUAUAUUAGCACCGUUAGCUAAAGGUCGAGCUGUCUGGCUAAACUUUACUGACUGAUGACAACGUUGCUCUCAUCUGGAUUUAUACCGUUAAAUGCUUUUGAACACUUCUCUGCCCGUUUGUAUGACAUAGGUUUGGCUUAUUGGCACGGUAAUAGCUGUAAUUUCAACUAUGAAGCCGUUAUUUUUGAAGACAUACGGUAAGGGGAGGCGAAAGCUGUCCGCCUGGGUCUCGCCUGAAAACCGCAAACAGGCCUUCGACAGCUCGCGCUCAACAGAAAGCGACAUCUCUGUGUUUGAACCAGCAAAACCUACCAGAGUGAGACAGAGGAAGACCAGUGUUGGAAGUCGUAGAGCGGGGCGUCCUGCUAAGACAAAAGCCAUGCAAUGUCUGGCUGAGAACACCUUUGAUGAGGACUACAUCCCCUCUCCUCCCUGCCCUCAUCCUGCUCAGCAGAGCAAGACAAUCAGAGCGAAGAGGACUAGUGUUGCCUGUGAUAGAGCAGUCCGUCCUGCCAAGAGAAAAGUGGCAUUAUGUGUGACAGACACCAGCAGUGACGAGGAGAACAUCAGACCCUCUCCUCCCUGUCAUCAGCCUGCUCAGAGCAAGACAGCCAGUGGUCAUCCACCCUCUGCAGGCCGCUUUGUAACCCGCCGCAGACGUGCAUCCACUGCCAAACCCAGACCCCCUAAAGUAACGUCUAAUAUACUCAACUCUUCUGAUGACUUUACUUCUGGAGCCUUUGAUUCCAGCAGGAUUCUUCGGCCUACUAGGAGGAGGAGGAGGGCCCCCCCACCAUUUGUGGUGUCAAGUGCAGAGAACUCAGCGAACACUGCAGGGACUGUCAGCUUUGCUACCAACCCCCUCCGAGAGAUAUCCCUCAAUGAGUCGAGAGAUCACAGCCUUGGACCUUGCCCCAGGAAACCCAUCUUCUGCUCUACACCCUCAGCGGGCUCCCUCAGCAAACGGCCAUGCCUUAAACACUUAUCUAUCAAUGAUCGAUCUUCCUCCCCAAGUUGUAUAGGUGUCUUGAGCACAUUCCAAGAAGACGCUGAUUCGCUGGAGCAGCCCAUCUCCCCACCAUGUUCUGCACCAACCAUUGGGCUUCUACCUGAUAAGAAGCCACAGUUGAGCCUUGACGGGCAAGAACCAGAUGUGCAUCACCAUGAAGAACCUUCUGGUGAUUCAUUCAUGGAGCCCAAGUGCACGAACAAGAGAAGUAGCUUCAGUGAGAAAGACGUAAAAACCAAGAAGGAUAAAGAAUUACCAAGUCUGAGUCUGCUCUCUACAGAUGACAGUGGAAGCAGUAGUCAUUUUGUGUCAGCUGCAGGAGGGUUAGAAUGGCUAAUAGAGGCUCUGAAGGAGAAAUGUUUGACCGAGCGCUGCACCGUGCAGCUGGAAAGAUUUGACAACCUCACCAUGUCACAGCUGUGUAGUCAAACAACCUACUCAUCCUGUUUGGGACAUUCAAGCUCAGCCCACAGCCUGCAAACAAAUGAACAUCCCCUGUCUGUGCACAGCUGUCAUACUAAUGACGUUUCACAGUCUUCACAAACAUCAGUUCAUCUUCGUUUAUCUGUCACAACCAUGACAACCAGUGAUUCUUUACAGUCAGGAAAUAGUUUUGAGCCUUCUGGACACGCAGCUUCAGUCAACAGUUCACCAUCAGCUGAGCAGUCAUCCACACAGGAGUCCAUGGAGCAGUCAGCAGUACUUUAUGUUGACUCUACCCACCACACAGACAGCAGCAUUGACCAUAUCAUAGGUACAAAAUUACCGGCCAACAGCUCUGUGCAAACACUGUUUGAUGAAGCUGUAAAGGACAGAAGUCUUAUUAAGAAAUGCACAGUUCAGCUCAAAAAAAUGUCUCCGUCAAAACUGAAAUCUGAUGUAAACAAAUGUGAAAAUGACCUCACACUUAACACUGAGGACCCAGGAGAUCUUGCAUGUGCAGAAAAAAUCACUGAGAGUAUGAUGGCGCCUGUUAGGCAGUCAAUAAACAACAGCAGUCCAGUAGCUCAGACGCAGUCUGACCCAAAAACAGGAAGAAAGGCAGCGGUGCUCUCAAUGAUGCUGAAGGAGAAAUGUCUCACUGGCAGUGCCGUUGUUGAAAUAAAGAGAGUAACUUUAUCACAACUGAAAGAAAGUCUGCAGCUCAAAGACACAACACUUAAAUCACCCACAGUCGUGUUGGACUCGUCGAGUGACGACCAGACAAGGAAUGACUACCAGUCUGAGAGUGACACUAAUCACUGCAAUGAAAAAACUUCUGCCAUGAAAGUCAGUAGGAAAAAGAGAGGCUCAACAAGCUCUGAGGACAAGAUUGCUUCAGACAAAGAAGUAAAGAACUUUUGCAACAUUCCCCACAAAAGAAAAAAGACGUCUCUGGCUCCUAAAGAAAAGAAAAGAAGGAGCACGUCCACAGACCGGCCGGGGACGACCAGGAAGGCGUGUGUGAGCGGUCUGAGCGUGAGUCGCUGGAAAAACAAAGGAAGUGCCAACACACACGUGUUCAGGGGCAGGACUGCACAGAUGGGCACUAGCAAGGCCGUGGACUGCAGCAUCAACGACCUCAUCUGCACACAACACAAACCGCCAAGGGAGCUGUUGGGAACUACCAUGAAUUUCACCACCCCGGUGAAAGCGAGUAGGCUCAACCUCUCGUCUCUGUUGGCUGACCUCACACCCAACACACAGACUUGGAGCCGGCUCAAAGCUGCCCUCUCUGUUCAUCGCAAGGGCUUGGUGCUACUCACUCCGAGAAGUGGACAUUUGUCGGGCACACCUAAAAGAGUGGAGUUAGCAGAUGUCAGCCAGGACCUCUUUGCCACACCCUUUAAGACACCACUCUCCCGGCGCCUGCAGUCACAACUACAUAGCCACUGCUCUCUGAGUGUGUGUGAGGAUGCAGAUCUGUCAGAUGCAGAGAAGGUGUAUGCUGAGUGCGGCCAACAGCAGCCUCUGCCAUGGGAGGAGUGUAUUCUCCCACAGCGUAUGAAAAAGUGUGUGAAGAUAGGGGAGGGGACGUUCGGUGAAGUCUUCUCCACCACCAAUGCCUCAGGAGACACUGUUGCUCUUAAGAUCAUUCCAGUAGAGGGCAGUGAGAGGGUAAAUGGAGAAGACCAGAAGACCUUAGGAGAGAUUCUCCAUGAGAUUAUUAUCUCAAAGGAGCUGAGCAGCCUGAAAGACAAGCAGCAGAACAAAACUCAAGGAUUUAUUGGACUCAAUGACCUUCACUGCGUUCAAGGCUCCUACCCUAAAGAAUUCCUGAAGGCCUGGGACACCUUUGACAAGCAGAAAGGCUCUGAGAACGACAGACCAGAUUUCUUUGAAAAGGAUCAAUUAUUCAUAAUCCUGGAGUUUGAGUUUGGAGGCAGUGACCUCGAGAACAGCAAUGGAACGUUGGCGUCUUUAGGGGUGGCGAAGAGCAUCCUUCAUCAGAUCACUGCUGCCUUGGCUGUUGCUGAGCAGGAGCUCCACUUUGAACACAGGGACCUCCACUGGGGCAAUGUGCUGGUCAAAACAACCAAGCAGAAGACAGGGAGCUUCCUCCUGAAUGGAGCAGCCCACACUCUGGAAACUAAAGGGGUGCUGGUCCGCAUCAUUGACUACUCUCUCUCCAGGCUAGAAAUCGAUGAUCUGACUGUGUCCUGUGAUAUCUCGACGGAUGAGGAGCUUUUUAUGGGCCAGGGAGAUUACCAGUUUGACAUCUACAGACUAAUGAGACAGGAGAAUGGAAACAACUGGAGUAACUACCACCCCCACACCAACGUGCUUUGGCUCCACUACCUGUGCUCCAAGCUGCUUUCCAUGAAGUACCGGACCCCAGGAGGGAGGAAUGCCAAGGGCAUGCGAGAGGAGCUCACUCGUUUCUAUGACAACGUCCUCCAGUACGGCUCUGCCACUGAGGCGCUGCAGAACUGCCCCAUGUUCCAGUAGUAUGUGAGCACUGAGCACAUGAAGUGUGAGGGUGCUCACACACAGGCUGUCCUUUGGUAUAAAGAAGGUACAACAUAUCUGGUUUAUCUUCAGUCAGCAGUCUGCCCGUCGUCCAUGAUGACCUCUGACACACAAAGACAGCUAUUGAUCUCCUUGUAACACAACAGCAGAGACGAAGGUCCUUUGAUGUACAGUGCUUACAGAAUUGUCAUCUGACAAAAGUUAUUAAAACAUCCAUUGAAAAUCAUGUAUUCAUGUGUCUUACAUUUUGAUUUUUAGGCUUACUGCGUAUUUUCAUGACUGAUUAGGUCCACUUGUCAUUUGUAUAAAUACUAACUGCAUAAAUACUGUUUAUAUGCAGAAGAAAAUAUUCUUAAUCAAUAAAUUUUUUGCAGUUUUUUAACACUAUUUGAAAGUUGUAUUGUGAGUAAUUUAGAUUAGUGCUGAGGUGAUUUGUUGAUUUAUCAAUAAGUCGAUUGACUGAAAAUCAAUUUUCUAACUGUUUUUAUAAUGGACUCAUUCAUAUAUUAACCAAAAAUACUCUGGUUCCAGCUUCUUAUUUGAGCAGUUACUGCUUUUUCAGGGUCAAACAGUAUCUUUGUAAACUGAAUGUCUUCAGGUGUUAUGAGCCAGGUGAUGGCAAAGUGCCUGUUGUGUGUGUUUUAUCUUCCCCCCUGCUUUCCUUUCUCUCUGCCUCCCCCCUGGUUUCUCUCCAGGUGCUAACAACCUGAUUGCUUUCCACCUGUGCAGCCCAGUCAUGCUGCUCAUUGGUUCCCUCAGACUUGCAGUUGGCCUGUCAUCAGUCGUUGGCGCUCAAUAAAAGAAGCACGCCUCAAGAGUUCACUCUCUCUUUGUUCCCUGCUCUUAGCCUGAGCUGCUGUUGUGCUGUGUUGAGCCAACUUGUUCAGGUUAUUAGAAAGAGCCAUGUGGUGGGAGGUGAGGACAAUAGGUGAGUUUAAUACACUUCCCCCUCAUGUAGUCAACUUUUGUCUAGAAGCACAAGGAUUAUUGUUUGGUGCCACCUCUGCGUUUGUUCUGGUGAAGUUCUUUUGUUUGUUUUUGUUUUCAAUAGUAGAGAUUGGUCAGGUCUAGUUUUAUUGAUUUCUCUUUGUUUGGCACGACCACCUCGCUCCGUCCUCCCCCACAUUUUGAGAACCUUGUGUUAUUUUUGGUGAACUGAAAAUAAAUCUCUGGUAUUGUCACUUUCA